AUUCUCGAAUGACCUUCUCUUUUGUUAUCAAAUUACAACCAAUCUUAUCGCAAAACACAUUUAUUUAAACAUAUUUCGUGUCUCUGCAAGUCAUCGAAGCUGGCCAUGGAUGAGCUAAAAGGUAAAGUAGCCCUUGUGACAGGGGGCGCAAGUGGUAUUGGCCUUGCCAUGGUGCGAGAGCUGCUCAAAAAUGGGAUAAAAGCCGUAUCAGUGGUUGACAUAAGUGAAAAUACCGAACUGCAGGACUCUAGAGUGACAUUUAUUAAAACGGACGUCACGUGCAAAAAACAAUUGCAAGCCGCCUUUGACAAAACCGUGGCAACGUACAACCAACUUGACAUUGUGGUCAACAAUGCCGGAGUCAUCGACGAAAUCGACUGGAAACGCACAAUUGACAUCAAUCUAGUGGCUGUGAUCGAAGGGACGUAUUUAGCCCUUCGGACGUACCUCCCGAAGUACAAAUCGGAAGCUGAGGGGGUGAUAGUCAACACGGCGUCAGUCCUAGGGCUGUGCCCCCUCCAAAGCGCCCCCAUUUACUGCACCUCGAAGCAUGGAGUGGUGGGUUUGGGGCGCAGUCUCGGGGGACCCCACAUUUACGACGAAUAUAAGGUCCGUAUCGUUACAAUUUGUCCGGGCCUGGUGGACACUCCCAUGACAAAGGUUAGACCAGCCUCCAGUAGCAAACUUUUAUUCCCAGAUUUGGUGCACAAAGAGUUCGAAAAGUUGAACAAAUUUGCCAUAAAGCCUGAAAAAGUGGCCCAGGCCCUGAUUCAGGUGAUAAAGGAGGGGGAGAAUGGGGCUUUGUGGGUGGUGGAGGACGAUGAGCCCCCUUAUGAAGUCGUGGUGCCCCACAGACAAUCUAUGAAGAGUUAAAAUUGUCGCAUUAUUGUUGAAAUUGAAAAUCCGGUUCUCAUGAUCUGGAAUAAACGCAUUUUUUGGGUCAAAA